AACGGCACGGUGAGUGAGAGCUAGCAUUUUUGUUUGGCAUUUGAAGACAAAAUCAGACUUUGUAACCACUAAACCAUCACUUGCAAUGAUGAUAAACUACAAGUCUACCAUUCAACUAGAACAGAUUUAACGGAUUUAGCUUAAUUGUAACAAUUAUACCAUAUUUGUCAAAGCAAUAUUUAUGAGUAGAGGUCUUUAUCAGAAGGGUUUUGAGGGCACGUAGACAAACAUGACGUACGUGUCCUGAAAGCAGCUGGAAAGGCUAAGACAAGUGUGUAAUUGAGGAAAAUUAGGAGUAUAUAAGUCUAAGAAUUCAUCACAGUUAGUGUGCCUCAUCAUUUUUCCAAGUCAUCAAUAUUAAUUUCUAGCAAGCAAGUUAGGUGCUAUUCCGCUAUGGCCUUCAAAAACCUGCAGCUGCAUCAAUGCAUUUGUUUGGCCUUUAUCUUCAUAGUCGGUGCGUUAGUUUGUGAAGCCACAUCGCGCACUCUUCAAGAUGCAUCCAUGUAUGAGAGGCAUGAGCAAUGGAUGGCCCGUUAUGGACGCGUGUACCAGGACAACAAUGAGAGGGAGCAACGUUUCAAUAUUUUCCAAGAAAAUGUGGCACGCAUUGACUCUUUCAAUCGCGCCAAGGACAAACCUUACAAGCUCGGUGUCAAUCAAUUUGCAGAUCUUACAAACGAGGAGUUCACUGCUUCUCGUAAUAGGUUCAAGGGCCAUAUGUGUUCCAUCAAGGCUACAACUUUCAAAUAUGAAAAUCUUACUGCAUUGCCUUCUACCGUGGACUGGAGAAAGAAAGGAGCUGUAACUCCUAUCAAGGACCAAGGCCAGUGUGGAUGUUGUUGGGCGUUUUCUGCUGUGGCAGCCAUGGAAGGGGUAACUAAACUAACAACAGGUAAGCUAAUUUCCUUGUCUGAGCAGGAGCUGGUUGACUGUGAUACCAAAGGUGAGGAUCAAGGCUGUCAAGGUGGACUGAUGGACGAUGCGUUCCAAUUCAUCCAAAACAACAAAGGCCUAACAACUGAAUCGGACUACCCCUACAAAGGAGUUGAUGGCACAUGCAAUACCAACAAGGAAGCCAACCAUGCGGCCAAGAUAAACGGAUUUGAAGAUGUGCCAGCCAAUAGCGAAGACGCCUUACAGAAGGCUGUCGCAAACCAACCGGUUUCUGUUGCUAUUGAUGCUGGGGGGUUCAAGUUCCAGUUCUACUCAGGUGGAGUAUUUACCGGAGAUUGUGGCACUGCCCUGGAUCACGGAGUUACUGCAGUUGGUUAUGGAGUGGAUGACGAUGGGACUAAGUAUUGGCUGGUGAAGAACUCUUGGGGUACUAGCUGGGGCGAGGAAGGCUACAUUAGGAUGCAGAGAGAUGUCGAUGCUAAGGAGGGCCUUUGUGGCAUAGCGAUGCAAGCUUCAUACCCUACUGCAUAAACCAACACUCCUUCCUAUUUUAUAUAUGCUGCUGUGUUUGUUAAUGUACUAUGAACAUUGCCAACAAACACGUUGGAAGCCCAUAUGGGAAU